UUGAAAGUUGAAACCUAGCAAUGGCAUCAAUAGCUGUGUAUUACUGCUUAUUUCUUCUGUUUUGCUUUGGUGUGCUAGAGGGAAAUGGUGCUUGCGGUCAUAUAAACUAUACCACGAUCAAUAAUAUUCGUCGCAGUACAGCGUACAAGGCUACGACUGGAUUGUGCGAUCGUGGUUUUAUCAAAGAUGGAUCGUGGUACCGAUUUCAGAGUGACGCCGGAGACAAAAUGCCCGAGUUUAAUCCAGGGAUAAAUAGUUGCGGAACAUACGUCCCCAUUUGGCUGAAAGGAAAUCAUCCAUCUACAGUUGGCGUCGAGGUAGACAGGAUGGCGUGUGCACCACUUCCACAUGCCUAUCCAUUCGACUGUGGCCUCAAAUAUAAAAUUAAAGUGAUAAACUGCGGACUUUUCUUUUUGUAUCAACUGAAGGAGCCUUCAAGCUGUCAUAUUGCUUACUGUGCAGGCACAAAGCUGGGAAAAGGUUGUUCUGCAGACGGUUCCUCAAUUCCUGUCUGCUCUGGUGUUGUUCCUAAUAUAAUGAGGCCAAAAGUACGACCGAAAGAUGAAGAUAGAGAAUAUGUUUCAUUAAGAUGUUUCUGGGAUUACUUUGAUGAUGCCUCUCAUGUUGAAUUUCACGUCAAGUGGUUCAAAGAUUCUAAUGAAACUACACACGCAAUUCAACAUAUGUUUAACGGGACUGCAAAUAAAAAUAAUUACGAAAAUCUUUACGAAAGACAACUUUUUCGCAAUAGAGUGAAUGGAAGUCUAGAAUGGGAUGAACGUGGUUAUGAAUGGAACAAAAGGGUAUUUUGUCAAGUUCGAGGGAGGUUUCAUGGUGGAGGAUGGUCACCAUGGAAAUCAAGUGGAACAAUUUUUACUGGUGUUGCGGUGCGUCCCAGGACAAUUUAUCUCCACGAGUGUGAAAGUGAUAGAGAAAUAUUUGUGAGUUUAAGACCUCAUCUUCCUAUCCGUAAUACAUCCUACAAAUUCGAAAUCGGAUACGAAGAAAAAAACAAAAACACUUUAGCGAAAAUAUGCAUACGGGGAAGAAUAUCUGGCGGCAGAUGCUUAGCAGAACUUACAGAAAGGCACAAAUUCUAUUAUCCUAUGUGGAUCAGAAUAACUGCGGUUUGCCCUACAGUAGUAACUGGAGAAACGACAAAAGAAGUGAUAGUGAAAUUUCAUAACGACCACUAUAUCCAGGGAAGUAACACUUUCUGGUCUAGUUACAAAUUCCUUCCAAUAAAGGUAACAAUGGCUUCAAGAAACACAAAAUUUUGUAAAUCUUUAACGGAUCCUAAUAUUGAAACAUUCGAUCGUGACGGAUGGUAUUAUAAUCCUUACAAGGAAGGAACAUUCCGUCUUUAUCGUAACAGAUUAUCCGGAACAGAGGUACAAGCAAGACUAGAUAGCUGUUGCAACUGUGGUGUCGCUAUUAAAGAGGGAUAUUAUUUUAAAAUUGUGGAAUUGUGUUCAAGUCUUCAUCAAGCGCUGCCUAAUAUACGAUCUUCACACCAUCCAGAUAUGCCGAAAAAUGGAUUUUAUGUUGAAAGAACAUCAACAGAAUUUACUAUAGGUCAAGAAAUUAUCGUGCAUAUGCCUUCUGGAAUAACCGUCUCUAUUACACGAAGAUGGUGGUCUAUAGAUAUAAUAAUAAAGGCUCCUGAACCUUAUGCGAAGAGGCCUGGGGACAAGCACAGGCAUAGCGAAGGACUGUGUGGAAACUUCAAUGGAGACCCAGAUGAUGAUUACGAAGGGUUGACUAUGCCAGAAUUUGUUGAGACACACAGAAUUCAACCUGGAUCAAAUGAGGAUAUAUUCGCGUAUACGGGAAAUGAAGCCGAAGAAAAGGAUAUGUAUGAAAAAUGCCUAAAUGAGCAAAUAUGUGUUUGCAGACAUGGAGCCAAUGUGGGUUGUGAUAACCCGGCAACAGUUAAUGAGUGUUCUCCACCGGAACAGAAUUCGGCGAUUCAAAACCUACAUGGAGAUAUAUGCCGCGGCGGACGCACAACUAGGAAUGAUGACACUCGCAAAAGAGCGAUUGAUAUGCGAGAUGAUGACAUAGACGAUCAAGAUAUUAUUCCGCUGUACAACCCGCCUAAACGUAAUUUCACAGUUCCCUCGUGGCCGACACCUAGCGGAUUGACAGAGAAGAACGUAACAUCGUUAUGCAACAAAAGAAUAAGGUAUUCGAAAGCCGGAGAAAGCUGUAGUAAUGUCGAUGGUGUUAAUUUGGAUGCCCUUGUCAAUCAGUGCAUUACUGAUAUCCAGUUUACCGACGAUCCAUCAUGGGCUGUUGCAAAUGCUGGAGCUUUGAACAAUGUGUGCAAGAAAAAUGUUUAUAAGAACGUAUCUUACUAUAAGAACAGCACAGAUGGCGUGUUAAAACUGGAGACGAAUGUUCUAGAUUCACUUUGUCCAAAUGAUUGCUCGGACCGUGGAAAUUGUUCAAACUCAACAUGCACUUGUUUUGAAGACUACACGGCUGCUGAUUGCUCAGUAUCGUUGAAAGAUAGUCCCAAACUAUAUGGCAUACGUAAAUCAGGAUUAUGUGAUGUAAGAAGAAGGCCGUGUCGCAACGUUGGUAUUUAUGCUUUUCCAUUGUUGGAUUCUGCGAAUCUUACCUGCCAUGUUCAAGAAAUUAAGGUUAUUGAAUCAGUAUGGGUCCCAGAUAGAUCUAUCUCGUUGUUUCCUGGAUUGAUGAUGGAUAUAACUGAAGUUAAAUGUUUUCUUCCCGAAUCACCUGUAAAUAUCGGUGACUAUGGUAACGAAGGAGUGGCAGCCGCUGGAAUAAAAAUUGCAGUAUCCAAUAAUCGGAUAAACGCCUCAAAAGAGUCCUUGUUGUUCAUUACGUAUGAUUCCGUGUGCCAAGAAUGCAAUGUUUCCACAGGAUGUCAACUUAAGGCUGAUGCUUGUUCAAUUUCUGGUCAUUGUUUCGCCAAAAGCGAGAGCCAUCCUGACGACUGGUGUCGACAAUGUUUGCCUUACAUUUCAACUUCGUCAUGGGAAAACCGAACAGAAAACCAGAGUCCAAAGUUUAAUAUUUUAAAAACCUUUUACGCUUUUCUUGGUAAAGAACUCCGCGUACAACUCGAUGCUAUAGAUCCAGAGAAUAGAACAAUCCGUUAUUCUUUUACCUUGCAAAAUACUUCACUUGGCGCAUCGUUGACAGAAAAUGGAUUUUUUUCGUGGACAACCACAACGAACAACUCAGAAGUAUUUAUGUUCAAAGUAACAGAUGAAUGUGGUGCGUACUCAUCUGUUAAUGCAUCAGUUGCUAUAAAAGAUUGUCCUUGCAAAAACAAAGGAGAGUGUUUUCCUGACUAUCGUUAUCUUGAUGGAGCAGGAAACUUCAAGUGUUCAUGCCCUGUUGAGUAUACUGGCGUACUGUGCGAGAAUGAUGUCAAUGAAUGCAACGUGUCUCAACCUUGUUUCAAUGGAACUUGCAGCAAUAAAAUACCUGGGUUCUCUUGUUCCUGCUUUGCUGGGUAUACUGGUCGUUUUUGUGAAAAUGAGAUCGACGAAUGUGCCUAUCAACCUUGUUUUCCUGGAGUUCUAUGUACAGAUUUAAUUGCCUCAUUUAGUUGUGGGCCUUGUCCGAAGGGAUAUACUGGUAAUGGAGAAAACUGUACCAGAAUUGAUGGAAAAGUCGACGAAUGUGUUAGGAAUCCCCAAGCAUGUCAUGAGAAUGCCAACUGUCAGUACAACAACGGUUCUUACGCCUGUCAGUGUAUACAUGGUUAUUCAGGAGAUGGCAAGAACAAUUGUACAGAUGUGGAUGAAUGUAGCAUAACUCCGGAUAUUUGUCAUCGAAAUGCAACCUGCACUAAUAGCAAAGGAAGUUAUUCUUGUGGAUGCCUAAAAGGUUUCACUGGUGAUGGUCAUCGUUCUUGCUCAGAUAUUAACGAGUGUACUAAUCUCAACGCUUGCAAUAAGAACGCACGAUGCUCUAACCUUGUAGGUUCCUACGUGUGUAAAUGCACUGUCGGGUACUCGGGUGAUGGCUAUAUCAAUUGUACAGAUAUAAAUGAGUGUACUGCGCAACCAGUCUGUCAUCAAAACGGUACAUGCUCAAAUACCCAAGGAUCCUUUUCAUGCCAGUGUAAUAAGGGGUAUUCUGGCGAUGGGAAAUUGCAUUGCGAAGACAUCGAUGAAUGUGAAGCCAAGCUUAAUACCUGCCACCCUCUCGCUAACUGCAGCAACAUUCUAGGAUCAUAUUCUUGCCAAUGUAACACGGGAUUUUUUGGAGAUGGAAAGCUUACUUGUGAGGAUGUAAAUGAAUGUAACAGUGCGCAACCAGCUUGUCAUCAAAAUGCUACAUGUUCAAAUUCUCAAGGAUCCUUUUCGUGCCAAUGUAAAAAAGGGUUUUCUGGUGAUGGAAAAUUACAUUGCAAAGAUAUCGAUGAGUGCUUUUACUCAACGCCUGUCUGUCAUAAACAUGCGAAAUGUACUAACACAAUGGGAUACUAUUCUUGCAAAUGUAACCAAGGAUUCUUCGGUGAUGCCAUACAUAGUUGUACAGAAAAUCAGCCACCUGAGUUUAUCACGCAAAGCUUAGUCUACGCCAUUUUGGAUAAAGAUUUUCAAAUCCAUGUCGAUGCAAAAGACAGUGAAAGUCAAAACAUAACAUUCACCUUGUUACCAAAUGGAACGUUGACUACGGCUAUAAUGGCGAAACAAUUGCUUACAGUUCCGAAACUUAAAACAAAUGGAACAGUUUUUAUACAAGCCGAGGAUCAGAUGGGCGCAAAGAGCAUCUUAAUUCUUCAGGUUUUUGCUAUCGUAUGUCCUUGCAAAAACGAGGGCGAAUGUUAUCACAACAAGACAGUCCUAUAUCCAAAGCAACCGUCAGAUUAUCAGUGUAAAUGCGGGCCCCUCUUUUCCGGAAAAUUUUGCGGAACUCGCCGAAAUCCAUGUCGGGGGCAUCCAUGUUAUCCAGGUCUUGUGUGUUCAUCUGUCAAUAAUUCCGGCGAGUUCACUUGCGAGGAUUGUCCACCAUUAUUUGAAGGAGACGGAAAACAGUGUAAACUCCAACCAAAUAAAGGACAAAACAUAAAGGAAUCCGAAAUGACUUUGACAGAUGAGAAAUGGGAUGAUCAACUGAAAAAUGAUUCAUCAGAUGUCUACAAAAAUCUCGUAUUGCUCUUGACAGUUGAGAUAAGGAAAAUUUACAAGGAGUAUGGAAUGUUUAGCUAUGUCAUUAUCAAAGGAUUCAGACCUGGUAGUAUAAUCGUGGAAUUCCAGUUGAUAUUUACAGAGAAAGUUGAGGAUCCUCUGAAACCGUUGUUGGAAGUAGCAAAGAGUGGAACACUGGGCAAUAUGACAAUGAAAAUAAAUCAUGUUCGGGAUGGAAAACCACCAGGUUUGGAUGAAGACAAAUUGUUGGGUUUAGACAAAUCAAUUUUUUACGUGAUUGUCGGUGUUGUUUUCGUUCUUAUUCUUGUGGUCAGUUUUGCAACUUAUCGUCAUGUAAAACGUCGCCAAAUGCAAAGGAAGGCCGAACUGCGGAAGAAAGAAUUAUUCUUUCCAAGUGAUAAAAAAGCCAAGGGAAUCUCAUUCCAACAAACUGGGGAUGACUCCGAAGGUCGUGGUGAAAUAGUAGAUCUUAAGGUUUUCGAUAACGAAGCUAUCAGUCUUGACGAGGAAGUCAAAAUACAGCCCUAAGUCAGUUUUGUUUCAUUGCUGCCUCUAACUUUUUAAGGUGAUUUAAUUGUAACUUUGGUAUGCAUGUGUAUUGAUUCAAAGAUAGUGAUUCAUAUACUUUGUAGAAUAGGGUCGUUCAGUCUUAGAAGGAGUGACAUUUGGUUACCUGUACCUGUUUCCUUUGUGCCGCUUAAAACAAGUUCCAAACAUCAAUUUUGAAAAAAUAGAAACUAUUUCCGUGACUCUAUUUCGUUUAUAAAUUCAAUAAUGAAAUACUUUAACUAAGAUUAGUGAUUGUCGGUAACCAAUUUCACUUUUAAAAGAAAGAUUUUGCGUGCUCUAUGAACGUAGUUUUGCCUGUAGACGUUUUUAGAAUAAUGUGAUAAAAGUAUGAGACUUUACUCAACCUAUGAUCGGUGCCUUAAUUUUAUCAUUAUGUAGUAAAUAGUCCAAAACGAUAAUGAUGAAUCUAUGAUGAUGAAUUAUACUAAUAUAUAUCCACCUAUUAAAUAUAUACAGCAAAACACUUAAACAAAAUAAAAAG